CCUUGGACGCGACCGGGCCUUGCUGGUCCAAUGGCAUGUGGCCAAGGGAGGUAGGUCUCGCCCUUGCGCAAUUUCUGGGCUUCGUGUGAUGCACUGCGGGGCGUGCACCUGAAGAAGAACCCAGAGCACCACACGGAGGACAAACCUUCCGCAUUCGCAUAUAUUGUGUGUGAUGCAAACAAAAUCUUUCAUCUCGGUGCGGGGGCCAACAAGCGCCCGAAAGUCGUUUCGAAAUCGUCGAGAGAAAACACGCACGCCCUCAAGUUCUCCCGGCACCAGCAAUACUGCUGGCAUGCCGCCGAGAGCGACGAGUGUGAUGCGGGGCCGCGUCGCAGCCGCGCCUGGUUUUCGCUGACAUGUGCCGCUGCCGAGCUGGGCGCGAAGCAUGACAAAGCAAAGCUCCUCCUUGGUUGCACUUGUCCUGAACAUCUGGACGGCCCCCCUCCUGUGUGCCGCUUCUUGGAGAAUAAGUACUUAGCGGAAGCCAACUCGCUGCGCAGGCGAGAGGGGAUCUGCAUGUCUUGCGGAGCCUGUAUCUGCAGGUGCAGGGCCAGGGGCGCAUGGGCGCCGGCUUGUACGCGCCAACUGCUAUCCCCGGUCACGUGCCGCCCGGCCAGCUGGACGUAUCUCCCCGGCCGCGUCGACUUUCCUUGCAUCACGAUGUUGACAACGAACGCGGCUGCGUUUUCGCGCAUGCAGUGCAAAAAACCCAUGGGCAUGUUCCACCUUUUGUGAAAUGUAAGAACGAUGAGGAUUGUCUCGUGUACCACACGGCGUAUCAAGAGGAACCGCGCACAUGCACAUACCCCACAAACCUUGAACGCAUCGUGUAAAAAUAAAAGCCGUGGGUAUUUGCUUUUUCUGCAAAACCGGAAAAAUUAGAAGAAUUUUAGACGCCGGGACCGCCCGGGCGUUUUCCGCAUGAACCGCAGGGGACCAGCGCCACCACUUUUCGGGCGAGGAUGUUAUUCAGUGGAGCGCGCAAGGACAAUGAUUCGCGGUGUGGUCUCUGUGUGCUUUUUAUUUUGCAAUAGUUAGGCUACAACUGAUGAGGAAAGACACAGAACUAAUUCCCGCGGACACAUAUGCAUAUGAAAGAGUGAAUGAAUGGUAAUAGGCUACAGCUUGUUCUUGCCGAGUAGUCCGCGAUCUCGUGCCGGCUCAGUCAUGCAUCUUGCCGGAGCUCGUUAAGGCGCGCGCGCGCCUUCACCACGAAGCCCAACCAAGUCGGGCACGAGCGUAAUUAGCAAGCAAAUGGGGCGCGCCCUCCCGGUUGGGGCCUAGCAGAAAUAGCAUCCACAUGCCGGCUUGCGCGUGGGGGUUGUCAGAUGGUGUGCGUUUUCCCCGGAGAAGCCCGACCGAAUGCCAUGCCAAGAAGAAGGAAGCAGCACCCACAUGCCGGCUUGGGAGGUGUCGGAUGGUGUGUGCUCUCUCCGGAGGAGGCCCGCCGACCGAAUGCCAUGCCAAGGAGAAGAACCGCGGAAGCGGCGCCUUUGGUUCUCUCUGCGCGGCGGCAGGCCCGCGCCAUUUUGCCUGGCGGCCGAGGGUGCCAGAGUGCGUGCCUUGGCCGCGGUUGGUUCGCGUCCUCUGCACAAAGUCCAGGCGCUUCGUGGGCCGCGCAACCCUCCCCGACGGGCCCAGGAAACAGGGCGAGGUGCCCCCGGCUCCUCUGAUUGUCGGAGCGCCCGUUCCUGUUUCUGUGGGGCCACGCCAUGUUUCGCCUUUGCGAGCCCAGAAGGCCUACAGGCUUUUGGCGCGAUACUGAUUACCCCGCCACACAACCGCGCGCGAUAUUUACAAGCCUCGGGGCGAGCCCUGCUGGGCUCGCCUGGGCUUGCGAUUCUCGGUUGCGACCGGUCUGCCAGUGGUUGGGUAAGGAGCUGCACGGAGGCAGGGAGAGGGGGCCCGGAGGCAGUCUGGACACGCUCGCGCGCCGGAAUUGCCCUGGCUGCCCCGCGCUAGCCGGCUGCCGUUUGCCCCGCCCGCGCCCUCAGGGUAGCCAGCCCGCCGGCUGCCGCUAGUCUGACUGUGGGCUGCAGCUACCCGCCCGGCUACGGUUGCCUAGCCUUCGGGCUGCCGCUUGCCUGCGGGCUGCCUGGCGCUGCCCUGCCGGCUCCCGCUAGGUACACUGCCGGCCGCCGCUAGCCUGCCCGCCGGGCCGCCUGCCGUUAGCCUGUGUGCCGACAGCCGCUAGCCUGCCGGCAGACGCUACCUAGCCCGCCGGCCGCCGCUAGCCUGCGGGCCCGCCUCAGCUAUCCUGCGGGCUGCAGCCACCCAGCAGGGUAUGGCUAGCCCGCCGGCCGCUAGCCAGCGGGCAACCAAUUGUUACCCUGCCGGCAGCCGCUACCCUGGUGGCCGCCGCCACCGCCGCGGGCCUGUGUGCCGGCUGCCGCCAUCGACCCUGUGUGCUAGCCUUCCGGCUGCGUGCCGCUACCCUGCCGGGGGCCGUUUGCCACCCUGCCGCUGGUGCCGCUAGCCGGCCGCUAGCCCCGCGCUGGCCUGGCGGGCCUGCCGGCUGCCGCAGGCCGGACGGCUCGCGGUCGCCGGCCCAGCGCCCCCGCUCGUUGUCGCCGGCCAGCCUGUGUGCCCGCCGGCUGCCGCUAGCCUGCGUGCCCCAUGGUUCGUUGCCGCUAGCCCGCGCGCCCGCAGGCUGCCGCUAGCGAUAGGUAGCUUGCUCGGCCGCGGGCCGGCCGCCGCUACCGGGCGGGCAGGCCGGCUGCCGCUAGCCAGGCGGGCAGCCUUCGCAGAGCCCUACAGCAAGUAGUGCGCUGCGCCCUCUCUCCGGGCGAAAUCGCAUGGGCCUCCCUAAAGGGUCGCGCGCCGUACAAACCUCCCGAGAGAUGAUCACCUUAAGAAUGCCCGUAAAGACGCCCCGUAAAAAGGAUUUCCCCUGAAAGGGGUCGCUUCAAAAUUUUUCGCCGUAUGUAAAUCUCGAUGUUAUGCAUGGGCCCGGUUUGCUGGCCUGCAAAUAGUCGCGCCGCCCGGCGCACACAGGAAACAAAACGCAGCAUGCCGCCGGCGAAAAAAUGUAUGAACCCCCCCUGCCAUCAGCGAUUCCGCGCCCCUUCUUCUUUUAGGGAGCUUUGAGAGGGGAACUCUUAAGGCAGAUUCUUAAGGAGUCUUAUCGGAUAAGCCUCCUUAUUCUUAUGGAUAGCAUUAAUAUCCAUAAAGAAUAUGUAAAAGUAAGGGCAGUGUAGUGAUUGAGCUCACCGCGCGGCUCUAUCCAGGACUUGCUUGCCAUGAACGGCCAGCAGUUGAAGAGCUUACACACGGGACGUUCUUUCGCCUGAAAAAAAAGCCAGCGCGCACGCCUGUUUAGUUUUGCUGCCAACACAUUGCCGGGGGGUUCUAUCGGUCGCCGUUUGAUAGAAUGACGCAGGCAGGAGGGCCGGCGAAAGGGGCGCCCUUCUGAGGCGUUCGCCGCGUGGUAUUCUGGCGAUUCGGGGCGCCCAAAGGCGCGCCGCAAAAAAGGGCUCGCAAAAUUGGGACGGCCAAACCGCGCGACAUUGCCGAGGUUUUGGAAUAUUUUUGGCGAGCGUAGUACCGGCCGCGCCUUCGUCUGUUCCCCCGCUCAUAUCUCAGCCUGAGAAGCUUCUGAAAAAGUGCGGCCUUGGAAAAUGGCAGCGAACACAAAAACGCAAAAGCGCGCCAGUUUCAUGAAGCCAAUCGCGACCAAUCGCUAUGCUAAAGGCCCGAUUUUUUAUGUAGGUGACCUGCCUUCGUUGUAUGUAGAAAGAACCGAAAUAAAAUAAAAGCUGCGGCGCUUUUCUUCUUGAAGUGCCUGCCACCCCAUGCAGUGCAGCCAACGUUAUCCACGAGGGCACGUCGGCCCCGCAAAAAGCAACAGCGCGGCCUGCCUGUGGUCAGGUGGGGGAAGUGGAACGCAGAAAAACGGCAGCGACCGCACCAUCCCCGCCCCGGCGGCUGCGUUUGGCAUCAGGCGCGGGGGCAUCUUGCCGGACACAAAAAGCAUAGAAGUGUUGCUUUUUGAGCCCAGCAGCCGCAACGCCCCUCGGCAGCGCAUCGACAAGCCGCUAUCGUCGGCAAUAGGUUGGCUAUCCGCCUGUGCCUGAAGCUGCACGAGAAAGCACAAGUAGCUAGCGCGCGACAGUCCGCCAUCAGGCACGCUGCCAGCAUCGCCACGAUUGCGAUCAUGCAGCCCUCCACAUCGCGGCGGCCUCUAGAUGAAGCCGGCCCGUCGCCCUGGCCGGAAAUCGUAUACAUUUUUACCCCGUCAAUACCGUCCGCCGCAGUUGAUCAAGAACAAGAAUUCACGUAAAGACGAACAGGGCGCACCCCACGUUUACGCACUUGCCUUGCCGCCGCAAAAGUUUAGAUUUUUUCGUGAGGUUCCCCUUUCUUGCAUUGGGAUUUGGCUGCUCGGUAGUCGUUGUUUGGUCCAAUUGCAAUUCUAGUAAAGGCACAGAGCCCGGAUUGCGCAAGGGAGCUUCGUCUCGAUACAACUGCCGACACUGGAAGAUUUGGAGUCGCACCAGGGGAUGAAAGGACAUCCCUCUAGCCACCACCACGCUUCGGGGAAGACAUCAUUUGCGGAAGCCUUAUUAUCUGGGGUUGAGACAACUGCUACAAUGUCUAGUUGGCGCCUUAGUUCUGUCAAGACAACAGCUCCAGAAAAGACAACCACCACAACUACUACUACAACUCCCGCUUCUACUUGGUUUUCUCGCAUGCUUGGUGGACAUGGUGAUGCAGAAGCUUCAGUCGAAGACGAAGACGCAGAUGUAGAUGAAGUUGUUGAAGAUAUCAAAGCGCAAAUAGUACUGGCAACCAGCGGGAAUGAUGUUCGUGACAACAGGCCCGCUCGCUCCUGCCUUUUAAGCUGGAAACAUAGCCACGGUGACACCGAACCUGACCACAUUCUCAACCACUGCAACAGUAACGAGGGCCCCCUCGUGUGUGUUUUUAUUUUACCGGAAAACGAGCACCCAGAAUGGGCUUACCGUGUGCAAGCGACUUACAAUAAAUGCAGCAUGCACCCUUCUGUUCUUCAUGGCGCGAGCCCCCUUCUGUUCUUCAACGCAGGGUCCGGUCGAUUUUUCCAACUCUCAACUUCGAAGGAUGAGGAUGGCUGUGAUGUCGGCAACGUCCCCGGCGCUCUGUUCAACGACCAAACAUGGGUCAGCCAAACCGACUUUCCGUACUCGAUGCGCCGAAGCGUUUUUUGUCAUAAUGAGAAUGUACUCCGUGAGCCGGAGCACAAGGGUGUGGCUGAGUACCGAUUUCUUCCCUUCCAGCAUGAUCUGGGGAAGACUUUUCUCGAUUGCAAUGAGAUCCGCCAAGACGUGGUGAGUGUCUUCCAUUAUCAAUGCUCACACUUCAGAGAGGCGUCUCACACUCACUCUCAUGCUGACCAAAUCAGAAUGUGCGGGCCGCAACUAAAACCAUAACCAACUCCAUAGCGCUAGGGAGUUGGUGGAACUGCAAGAAACUACAAAAUGCACUUCGUACUCGCUUUUAUUUUUACAGAUAGUUAUGAAAUACAAAUAGCAGCGGGGUAGUCACUGUAAGUAUGCGCAUGCAGCGCAACAGCGCAUAGUAUAUAUAAUUAUAUUUUUUUGUAUGGGAUCGGAUUUUUUCGGAACUAUGUAAACUGAGAACGGAACCGACAGGCACUACACCGGGGGGGGGUUGUCUUCAAUUUUUGUUCGUUUCGUUUUGUUUUUUUGCUUCCCGUGGGGUUUCUGUUUUUUUUUGUUUUUCUGCUUUCGGUUUCGGUUUCUUCUUCUCUUUUUUCUUUUUCUCCCUUGAUCCAAAAUGUUCCUUCUAUCUCCCUAGAGGGGACAAAAGUCGUGGGAUUGGCGCCCGUUCCACGGCUUUCGCUCCGUCGAGCUGGCUCCGCCCCCGUAAAAAAUCUUCUCCGCCUCCGCAAAGUCUGACUGCUUCGCCUCCGCAAAGUCUGCUCGCCCCCUCCGCCUCCGUAAGGUCUGCUGCGCAGGGCUUAGCGUCUCAAGCUGCGCAGCCCCUCGGCGAUGCCUAUUCUGCAUGAAAAAAAUCGCCAACAGCAGGCAUCUUUUGCAACUCAGGCGAGACAGAAUCUUGCGUGACCCAACACGAGCGCCAUACAUUCCACGUCUGCCAGCACCAGAACUAUCUGGAGCGCAUAAAUAGCCCGGGCGUUUUUCAUGCAGCUUAGGCAUGAUAGAGUUAGGGAUGUCAUAGAAUCUGUCACGCUAGGUGCUGCGUCCAGGCCUCGUGGGCCAUGGGAAACCUGCGUGACAAGGUUUGCAAUCUGCCAGCCCCAGACAAAUUUUCGACGCAUAGCGAUGCGCGACGUAAUGAACCAAAGACGAAGCCUCACCGGGGCAAAAGCGCACGCAGUUUCUCCGCGUCUCCAUUCGCGCCCCUCCGCAAACAACAGCAAACCUUGUCACCCUGCGCCGCCCUAUCGCUUCGCUUUUUUUUUUGCAGGCCCCCUUUGCCGCACCUGCCGGGCGCGCGCAGCCAGCUCGUCUUGUCUGGUUGGAUGCCAUUCCUUCGCACCAGGAGCCACCUACUGGCGCGCCUGUCGGGGCUUCUCCGGGCGUUCUUCGUUCCCAUUCCCGCACCUGUUCACGGCUUCGAGCUCCGUUCCCAGUCUCGCCUUUUUAAGAAAACGCGAGAGCAUGCGGGGAAGGAUCCACAGUCCGCCUCCCAGUUAGUUUAGACAGCUCCAAACAAAGCCACGCCCUUUCUUUAAUAUUAAUCCGCUUGCAGUUUGACGCUGACCGCGUCGAUGAGUCCCUCGCACUCGCUUAUCCGGACUAACUUUUGCGCUUAGUUACAGCGAACAGCUUAGGAGCUCUUCGCAGCAAGCGAAAACCUGGGCUGUUGGCUGAAGCUUUUCGCCCUGGCGCAACCGAUGACGGAGCUUGAUGCUUGGGCUUUUGUGGAAUUUUCCAAACAGAGAACUUUUGAAAAAGUAAGGAAAUGUCCGGCGGAGGGGCGUCGCACGCCGAUGGGAGCACUUGGCGACUAGCGCAAGACCUCUCAGUGGGUCCGUGUCAUCUUCAGGAAAUUGGAGUAAAUCAACCGACCUAAUACGGGGCCCCAUGUAGAAAAAACGGCGGCCAGCGCCUUUCUGUACGCAAAAGCGACGACGUGGCCACAUGUGGAAAAAUAGAAAACACCCCGCCAAGCCCCGCGCCACGCCCCCCGCCACUACACCCCCCGCCACACCCCCGCGCCUGUCAGCUUGGCCCUUUUGGCGGAGGUUGUGGGAUUGGUUUGGAGGAACUUGGAAAAGUCUGGAGCUAACCUCUUGACUGGUAGGCGACACAUAAAAACUAUCCCACUGCCGGCGGCCAAAUGAAAACUAUUUCACUUCGCCAAUGACAGCCGUGCACCGUGUACAAUGUGAAAGCGUUUACGAGUGUGCGCUUCCAUCGUGGAACCCGCGUCGAGUUGCACAAUCCUCCCGCGUCCCGCUCUAUUUUGCUAUCAUGGCAUAGAUAUCUCUCGCACUCGACAAAACGCUGCUCGAGCAGGCAGAGUGGCGCUGUUUUCGCGAGCGAUUUCUGAGGUCGGGGGCUGGUUCGACGAGCGGGCAACGGGCAAAAAAAUGCUUCGGCUACGGUUUUGGGCGAUAGGAGUCAUGGACUUGAAGUAGUGCGGGUAGUGCGCCUGGAUCCGAUUUCGUGAGCGAAUCGCAGUAGCCGAAGAAACACGUAGUCCGUUUGCGCAAUGAAUGCGCUCGCGCUGAUUGUGCCCGCAAGAGCCCUCGCGUUCCUGAAUUUUGGUCCCGCCCUCCUCUCCCUGCGAGUUGGUGUCUUUGCAAAUUGCAAGUCCCUUUUUUCCUUCUUUCGGAACGGUGGCAGCGCAAAAAAAGCGCUUCGCCCGCCCGCGUGUUAUUCUCGUCUCAUCUUCGUCGUGCUAUUGCGAUUCAAUCUCGUUCCGUCUCCCGGCCUCCUUCCUCAGUUUGUCGAGUGCGAGAGAUAUGAUCUGCCAACUUGGCAAAUCAUAUCUCUCGCAUUCGACCAAACGUGUUCGAGCAGGCAAAUGGCCGCUGUUUUCGAGAACGGUCUCGGAAGUUGGGGGCUGGUUCGACGUGCGGGCAACGGGCAAAAUGCUUCGGCUACGGUUUUGGGCGAUAGGAGUUUUCCCUUUCGCAUGCUCGUCGCUGCGCUUUGCGUGACGAGUUCCAAUGACCCAUGACCAGACAUAUUUGCGCAGCGCAAUCGCUGCGCCGAAUCCAUUGCGCGCAGCUAAUAGGUCUGAUUCUGGAAGACAGGGAAUGUAUGGCGCGCGUGGUGGGCCACGCAAAAAUCUGUCUCACCUCAUUGCAAAAGAUGCGCGCCUGCUACUCGUAAUUUUCCUCAUGCAGAAUAGGCAUCGCCGAGGGGGGGCUGCAGAGCUUGGCUGUGACGCAAAGCCCUGCGCAGUAGACUUUCCGGAGCAGGCGGAGAAGACUUUGCGGAGCAGGCGGGGCAGAUUUUGCGGAGGCGGAGAAGACUUGACGGGGGCGGAGCUCGAUGGAGCGGAAACCGUGCAACGGGCGCAAGCCCCGCAAUUUUUGUUCCCCUUAGAAAGAAAGAGAAAGAUGAGAAGAGGGCACUUUUUGGAUCGAGAGAGAAAAAGGAAAGCGAGGAGAAAAAAACGAAACCGAAGAGAACGAAAGCAGAAAAACCAAAAAAAACAACACCAGAAAGAAAUAACAAAACGAAACGAACAGAAACUGAGGACGGAUCGCGCCGGUGUAGUGCCUGCCGGUUCCGUUCUCAGUUUACAUAGUUCCGAAAAAAUCCGAUCCCUAUUUGAGACGUUUAUGGAUGAAAUUUUUCUUC